AUGAAUAAUAUAUUAAAUAAUGUAGUGACGGACGACGAAGAAACUGAAGAUAUUUUCGGUUAUGAUAUUGUUAAUAUUGCUGCUCCUAUUAUUAAUGCUCCUAUUAAAGCAGGUAAUAAUAUUUUUAACAACAUACAUGAUGCAGUCAUCAUGGAAGAAGAUCGAAACCACGAUCUUUACCUUCAACCCAGAGGUGAUCCAAAUGCUUGUAUACAAAAUUUUUAUGAAGAAGUUAUUCCAGCAUACACCGAUCAACAAUUUUAUGAGCAUUUUCGGAUACACCGAAACGUAUUUGAGGAGUUAGUCAGUAUAAUUGAAGGACGGAUUGCGAUUCUCAAUGCAAACCCUGAGAAUAACUCUGAUAACGACUCAGGAAGGCCAGGCCGAUGUCAUGAUGCAUCUGUAUUACAUAGCAGUGCAUUAUACCGUCGUUUGAUAGAUCCUGCUCAUCCUUUAUUGUCCAACUGUCAACAUCUGCUUGGAGAUUCCGGAUAUCCGUUAUCUACUCAUAUACUUACACCUUUUAGAGACAAUGGGCAUUUAAGUGAUCAAGAAACCCGAUAUAAUGUAGUGCAUGCUUCUUGUAGAAGUAUUAUAGAACGAGCAUUUGGUUUGUUGAAAGUAAAGUUUCGUCGAUUGUACCAUUUGAAUGUUCAAUCCGUUAGAAUGGCAAAUGUUAUGAUUGCUGCUUCAUGCACUUUACAUAACUUCAAUUUAAUGCACGGUCAAGCUAACAUUUGGGAUAACAGCAACUUCGUUAAUGAAAAUCGUGAUGAUGAUGAUCACAAUGAUGAUGAUAUUGGUGAUGAUGAUGCUGAUGGAGUUAUUAAAAGAGAUAGAAUUAUGGAGGCAAUGUAA